AUGUCCACCAAGAAACCCACCAACUCACUGGUCCAGGUUGGAAAAUACGUCUAUGUUGGUAAACCACAGCCUACACCCGAAGGCGGGUUAUCUCCCAAUGAGCAACCAGCUAUCAUCCUCAUGUUCGGCUGGAUGGGCGCGCACCUCCCGCACCUCCUCAAAUACACCCAGAAAUACGACGAGAUGUACCCAGCGGCGACAAAGAUCCUCGUCCGCUCCCAACCCGAGUUCUUCUGGAGUUCCGCCAAGACGAAUGACGACGCCCUCCUCCCGGUCGUCCAACUCCUCAAAGAACAGGGAUGUUUACCUCCCAACAACGGGACAAAGAAACCCAGCGUCCUCGUACACGCUUUCUCCAACGGUAGCGCCCCUCCCCAUCCUCUUGCUCUCCACCACAGCGUGCUAAUUAAAUCAUGCAUAGGCGGCUCGUGGCAAUUAACGACACUAAGCGCACUCCUAUAUAAACUCUACCCUCUCCUCUCGUCCACCACCACCUCCCCACCCUCCCUCCCACCAACAGCCCUCAUCCUCGACUCUACCCCAGGCUCCAAAGGCCUCCAAAGCACCCUCAAAGCAUUCACAGCCUCCCUCUCCUCCCGGCCCCUCAAACUCCUCAUCGGCGCCCUCAUAAUCCUAACAUACGGCGUGGUGAAAUCGUGGUUGAAGCUUCGAUGGGUGUUCUGGUGCCUAGGGGUUGUAAAAGGCCGGAGUGGGAAUAUGGAUAUGUUCGAGAGGAUGAAGGAGGGGUUGAACGGAGUUGAUUUGGAGGGUGGAGGGGAUGCUUCCACGGCUGCUGCUAAAGGUAGUUCAUCCAGCUCCUCGGCUACAUCCCCCACCACCUCCACACCCCUCCUCCUCCCCCACCUCUCCCUCCACCCCCGUACAACCCCGCGCCUCUACAUCUACUCCCUCACCGACGCCCUCAUCCCCGCCGACCAAGUCCGCGCCCACGCCGCCCACGCACGCGCGCUAGGUUGGGUUGAAGUGCGCGAGGAGGUGUAUAGAGAGAGCGAGCAUGUGAGGCAUGUGAGGAGUGAUGAGGGGAGGUAUUGGGGUGCAGUGCGGGGCGUGUGGGAGUGGGCGGUGGGGAGGGCUGGGGAGGGGGGUGGGGAGUUGGAGGAAGGGGCGGUGGAGAGGGCUGGGGAGGGAGCCGAGGUGGGGGGAGCCGAGGAGGGGGAGGAGGAAGGGAGGAAUGGAGGUGUGAAGGAGGAGGGGGAGGAGGAGGGGAAGGAUGAAGUCGUACUAGAGGAUGGACAAGUGGAUGAACAAGGGAAGGAGACAGGGGUCGCAGCCUAACUCUCCCUUCCACGACACCAUGAUCCUUCCUUUCGCAGUCGAUCAAAUAGAUACCCCAUUCUUUCCUACUGCCUUACGGAUUGACGAGCGACAAUUUACUGUCAGUAAUGUCUCAUCGUCUAACUUUGUUAGUUCACAACAGCUGCUCAAACAAAGAUACUUGGAUUAAAGGUGCGAA